AUGAACUCUCGGAGUUCAACAGAGUUCAAGGCGAGCGUAGUGGCAUGGGGACCGGUGCGUGGAGGAACAGCUGGACUGGUCGGUGAGAUAGGGAAAAGGUUUGGAUUGUCACCGGAGGUAGCCGUAAAGACGGAAGGUAACGGUCGAGGAAUUUUCGCUGAAACAUCUGGUGGGUAUCGAGCCAGAAGUUUGAAGGGAUACGUUGGAGCAGAGCAAGUUGCUAAUUGUAUUAUAGGGGCCCAUGGAGUUGUUAUCCCAGCGGGCGGGCAAUGUAAACCUAGAAGGACUCGAGAUGGUUUGUUCAACACCAAUGCUGGUAUCGUUUGCGAUUUGACUUCUGCAUUACGGACAAUUGUUCAAAGGCGUGUGAUUAUUACAAAUUCUGUGAACUCGUGUGUACCAAUUGCUGCAGAAGUCCAGAAAUCCAUAGGAAAAUACUAUCCACGUCCUCUCUUCGAUAUUUCAACUUUGGAUAUUGUCCUUGCUCGAAAAUUCAUUUCUGAUUCAUGUAAAGUUGAUGUGGUUACCGUUGAAAUUCCGGUGAUCAGUGGACAUUCUGAUGUUAGAAUUAUUCCUGUGAUAUCACAAUGCAAACCAAAAGUCUCGUUUUGGCAGCCCGAUCAUGAGAAAAUCACAGUGCGCAUUCAAGAAGCUGGCACAGAAGGUGUGAAGGCUAAGGCUGGAGCGAGAAGAGGGCUAAAGCGAUUUUGA